CAUAUAUUAGACCAAGUAACCAGCCCUAACACAUCCGUCUCUUUCCUUCCACAACACUCUGACGAUGAAGAUAAUUCAGGAGGAUCCAUCAUUGGUUUACCGACCGGAGUCUGAGGACCACCAAUACAGGAACUACAAGGAUGGACCUUUGGUGGACCGAGUAAAAGCCACGUACACCUUGAUGCAUACACACCAGACUGUGCAGUUUGUGACAGACAAGAUUGCACAGUGGGGAUCUUGUGCCUACCGCAAAAUGAAUUUGAUGGAAGCCAUCUCUUUGCUUGAUAACCUGGUGGAUGAGUCCGACCCAGAUGUGGAUUUCCCAAACUCCUACCAUGCAUUCCAGACAGCGGAGGGGAUCCGUAGAGUACACCCAGACAAAGACUGGUUCCAGCUGGUGGGUUUGUUGCAUGAUGUGGGGAAGAUUAUGGCCCUAGCAAAUGAGCCACAGUGGGCAGUUGUUGGAGAUACGUUCCCUGUUGGCUGCAAGUUCCAGGAAUCUAUAGUGUUUUGUGACACAUUUAAAGGCAAUCCAGACACCCACCACCCUGUGUACAGCACAAAAUAUGGAAUUUAUGAGCCAAACUGUGGCCUGGAAAACGUGAUGAUGUCCUGGGGUCAUGAUGAGUACAUGUACCGAGUGCUGAAAUAUAACAAGUGCACCAUCCCAGAGGAGGGGCUGUACAUGAUCAGAUUCCACUCGUGUUAUCCGUGGCACACCGGGGGAGAUUACCAGCACCUGUGUAAUGACAAGGACCGCAAAAUGCUGCCCUGGGUGCAGGAGUUCAAUAAGUUUGACCUUUACACCAAGACUGAAGACAUGCCUGAAGUGGAGACCCUGCGUCCAUACUACCAGAGUCUGAUUGACAAGUACUGCCCUGGGGUUCUCAGCUGGUGAUCUGCAGCCACGGGAAAGUGAUUGUGCAGCUAUUCUUAUCAUAUUCCUCCAAAGAAAGAACAAUAUCUAUAGCUACCACUAACAAUACCCUAAAAGCACAAAACAAACUUUUAUGGCAAUAAAAUUAUACCAAAUCCCCUGCAGGUAAAGCUUAAGAAUUGGCAGCCCCCACCAGCAUCACUAAGCAGUUUAAUCACCAGUAGGGUAUCAAUUUACUCCUACCCUACGGCUAAUAUUUUAGUGAACAACUUAAGGUCUUGAUUAAUUAAUGAUAUGGGUCUAUAAUUUUGGCAGUGGAACUUAUCUUUUCCCUGUUUGGGAAUAACAGAAAUUCUUGCAGUUAGCAAUUCUUUAGGAAUUUACCCAACCUUCAUAAUAUGAUUAAUAACACCAUAUAUGGGGCCUGCUUCAUUGAGAAUGUUUUAUAGAAUAUGUCAGAGAACCCGUCAGGUCCAGGGGCCCAGAGGAUUUAAUUUUUUUAAUAGCAGUUAUUACUUCAGUAGUUGAGAUAAGGGCAUUUAAAAUCCCCAGAAUCUCUGCUCUCAUGGUAGAUUACACUUAUUUAAAAAAAUCCUAAAUCUUUACCGGAAUAUUUUCACUAUGGUUUUCAGAAUUUAGACAAAAUAGAGUUUGAUAAUAUCUGGCAAAAGUAUCCGCUAUUUCUUUUGGAUCAUUAGUUGGGCUACCAUUUCGUUUUUGUAUCUGAGGUAUCGCUAUUGUUCUCGUGAUGUCCUUAAGUUCUCUCGCUAAAAAUCUAUCUGACUUAUUAAAAUAAACAAAAUAAUUUGCAUCUAAAAUGUUUAUGGAUCUUAAGACCUCCUCCAUUAAGACUUUAUCUAAGUCUGCUUUUUUUCUUUCUCAGAGAAUCCACCACCCCUGGGGUAGAGUAGUCCAGCCUUUGUUUUUCUAAUAACAAUCUCCUGUCUCAAAAGUGUUAUCCUAUUUUUUAUUUUAAUUUAGCUGAAUCUUCAAUAAAAAGUCCUCAAAUAAAA